UCCCUCUCACCAACCCAACUUGUAAAUCCACAUCACUGCUCUUUAGCUUAUCCACUAGGCCUGUGGCUAUAAAUUCCUGCCUCCCCUUUUCUUGGGAAUUCAAACUAUUUUCAUCUGGUGUGCUAAAAUGUGUGGAGGAGCUAUCAUCUCUGAGUUCAUACCACCAUCCUCUUCUCGCAGAAGAAAAUCCAGUUCUGAGGAUUUGUGGGUUGGUUUGGACAGUAUGUCAUAUUCCAAUGGAAGUGUUUGUGAUGAGAUGGGUAUUCCAAGGAGGGUGAAUAAGAAGAGAAAGUGUAGUAAGCAGCAUGAGUACAGAGGGAUAAGGCAACGCCCAUGGGGAAAAUGGGCUGCUGAAAUUAGAGAUCCAAUUAAGGGAAUGAGGGUUUGGCUUGGGACUUAUAACACUGCUGAAGAUGCUGCUAGGGCUUAUGAUCGAGAGGCUUUUAGGAUCAAAGGAGCCAAAGCCAAGCUCAAUUUCCCCAUAACAGAGAAGCUGCCAAAUUCAGACAAUGGUCUAAAUUCAAAGGAGGGUUUAGUAAAAGUGGAAGCCACACCAAAAGCUGUGGAUUCAUCGACACAGAAGUAUCUUGAAUAUUUGGAGGCUGUGCUGGAGCUGAAACCUGAAAUCCUCCCAUGUACAGCAGCUUAUGGUGAAAGCCCCUUUUCCUCCUCUAAUGUUGAUAGCAGCCUGGCUUCUGGUUCAGUCCCUGAUUUUUCCAAUUGGGUUGGAGAUGAGGGCAAAAGCUCUGGUUUACUUUGUGGGGCAGCCCAUGUAAUGGAUUAUUGGAAGUUUCAAGAGGAAGAUAAAAGUGUGUUGAGUAUAGAGGAUGAUGAAUGGACAUUGAAUUCCUACAAGGCUGCUGAGUUGUUGGGCAUGUAUCCAUGUUCUCCACUGGUGAGCACAGAUCUGCAAAGCCAAAGUGCUCCUUAUAGUUGGGACUAUGUUGAUGACAAUGGCUUGUGGGAUUGCAGUUUAUGACGUUUAAUCUUCUGGGUAGUCUUUUAUAAUAGAUUGGAGUUUGGCUUUGGCAACUUUGUUUAUGUAAUCUUGUUUGAGAUUAUUUCUAGUAAACAGUUUGUUUCAGUUCAUUUGGCUAUCUUGUCUUUCCACAGGCCAGUCUCUGUUUUAGGGUUGGCUAUGUACAGACGUGUAUUUACAUUUGUUUAUUUUAUUUAAAUGAUACAGCGAGGAAUGGAGGUCCUUCAGUUUUCUUGUCUA